AUGCCCGCCGACGACACAGCCUACAGAGAUCCCAGCGCCGCAGGCGACCGCGACGCAGCGCUGGCGGAGCUGAUCACGCUGCUCGACCCCGCGGCGUUCCCGUUCGAGAGCUACGCCGAGGCGUUGGAGCGCUCGAAUGGCGAUGUCGGGCGUGCGGCCGAGUGGCUUCUCAUGCCGGAGGCGAGCGGCAGUGGGACGGGAAGUGUGACUUCCCAACGCUCUGGCAAGCGCGCACGCGGCCUCGACCAGUGGUUCAAGGCGCCCAAGCGAUCGAAAGACACGUCGGAGCCGUCCCGCGAGCCGUUGGACGACCGGAAGCCAAGCUCCUCCACCACGCCGCCCAAGUCGCCCCCGCCAGACCGCGCGACGACAGCAGCCAACUGGGCCGCGCUGCUCCGCUCCUCGCCACCCAAGCCAGUCGCGGCCCCAACGAAGAGAGAACCACCACUGCACCUCGCCACGCCAUCGGCCCUCGCGGCGGCCAACAUCCCGCUCGCGCUCCUCCCCUCCCCGCUCUCGCCGGCGAUGGCAAGCGCGCUCUACCACCUCAUGAUGGACGAGGCUGAGACCGUGCCCUGGCCACGGAACAAGUGGUACCUGAACGGCAAGGAGGUCGAGUCCAACCACCAGGCUACGUCGUACGCGCGCGAUCUGGACGAGUACGGCAAGGAGGUCGGCGUGCACUAUUACUUUCAGAGCCAGAAGUACCGUGGCGCGAAGGUGUUUCCGCCGUUGUUGGCUGAGGCUGCGCGACUCGUCGAGGACGCGGUGAAUGCGCACCUGGACACAAUACCGCGGUACCCCCUCGAGUAUAGGGGCAAGUGGGAGGCGAACAUGUGUGCCGCCAACCGCUAUGACGGUGCAGCGAGCACUGUGGGGUUCCACUCUGAUCAGAUGACUUACCUCGGGCCGUUCCCCACCAUCGCAUCGCUCUCCCUCGGCACGCCGCGCGCCUUCCGCCUGCGACAGACUGAAGCUGUGGAAGCGGCGUUCGGGACUGGCCGACCGGCGCGCACAUAUGAAGUGACACUGGGGCACAACAGCCUGUGUUUGAUGACGGCUGGGUGCCAGGAGCGGUACAAGCAUACCGUGCCGCCUCAACGUGCCCUCGAUACGUUUCGCCCCGGGUGGGACAUUGAGCAGCAGGUCAUUCCCACAGAGGACCAGAAGGCGUACACUACGCGGAUUAAUAUUACGUUUCGGUUCUACCGCCCUGACUUCCGCCCCACGCCCAGCGAGGGACCGAGCCCCCGCGAUGGCACUCCAAUCUGCAAAUGUGGCAUCCCAACGCUGCUGCGCGCCGACCAAAAGGCCAAGGCGCGGGCGCGGUUGGGCUCUGCGCCGAGUACCAACGGCCAGAAGCGGGUGAUCAACGGCGUAGAGGUUGUCGACGACGACAUGGUGUACUUCUGGCAGUGCCAGAGUCCGACGUCUACCGGCGAGCUGAAGGGGUGCGGGUUCUUCAAGAUUCUCGACAUGAAGGGCGAGGGGCGUGGGCCGUGCGUUGGUGAUGUUGUGCCGGAGGCUGCGGGUGAUGGAUCGGGUGCUGGUGGUGUUGGAGCGGAUGCCGCGAAUGCGUGA